AUGGCCGCCGUGAGGAGGCUCUCGGAGCUGCUGCAGGAGCAGCAGGAACCCUUCCUCGUCGAGGUCGCCAAGGGUAGGCGGCCCCGGCGCGGUCGUGGCGGGAGUGGAAGCGGCGACGGCAGCGGCGGAGGUGGAGCAGGGCUGGGCUGCUGCUCAGGCUCAGCGGCGGCGGCGUGCCGGCGGCUGCUCAGGCUCUGCAACCACGGGUUCAAGAAGCGGAAGAGUGGCGUCGCGGGCGUCGGGAGCGGCCUGCGGUCCGCGCUGAGCAAGGUGCUGUGCAGCCGGGCCAUGCGCUGGGUGCUGCGCUGGGAGGAUCUCGACGCCGGCUGCUUCUCCGGCGCUGGCGCCGGCUGCGGUCGCGAGUUCCGCCGCCUGCGCCGCUCCCUCGGCGACAGCGGCGAGUGCGACCCUCGCGCCAUGGUGUUCGCCGAGGAUGACGCGGAGGAGGAGCGGAUGGGGUGGAAGGCCGACAUGGACGUGGACUCGUCACGGCAGCUCAGCCCGGUCUCCGUCCUCGACCUGCACUCCGACGACGACGAGGAGUCCCCGUUGCAUUCCCACUGGGAGGACGAGAAGCCAUCGACCUCCGGGAGCUCGCCUCCCUCUGAAUCUUUCCUGGGCCCGGCCUCCCCAUGCUUCAGCUUCAGCUGCAACCUCCACGACAAGUUCUGCGAGAUGGAGGUGGACGACCCCGAGGAAGAGACGGUCAGGGCCAGCAGGUCCAUAGAGCAGCAGAUCUCGUCGUGGGAGAAGAUCGCGGGGGACAUCUCGAGGAUCCCCGCGAUGAUGGAGCUGGACCUGUCGCGGUCCAUGCGGCAAUGGCGGGAGAUGGAGCCGGAGGUGAGGGAGAUCGGCGCCAGGAUAGAGACCCUCAUCUUCGAGGACAUCAGGAGCGAGGCCGUCUGCGACAUGCUCGCCUCGCAUUGUACAUUGGCAGCAGCAGCAACAUCUUGUUGAUCGGAGAGGAAGAGAGGGAGAGAGACUGAGGAGGGUUUGUCAAAAAGAAAUGGAAAAAAAAUUAGCAGAGGAUGUGUACAAUUUGAGGCUGGCUUGAUGUGGAAUUCUUUUUCCCCAGACUCCAAAGCCUUGGGCUGGCGGUCUCUUUCCUGCAUUGGGUUCCAUGCUGUUUAUAAUUUUGCAAAUAUGAUAUUGAUUGCAAAAGGACAAGCUUUGAUCUUUUGUUAACACAGCAGCAGCUGAGGCCCCGGACUAAACA